AUGCUCUACAAAACUCAUCAAACUUUGAUUUAUGAGUUUUAUGCUCAAUCUUAAACAAAAGAUGGUAAUUUCCUUAUUUUUAUUUUAGGAUGGGAAAGUAGUUUAAAUUUUAAUACUUGUGGAGGAAUUCCAUAUAUUUUUUCUACCAAUAUUAAUUGUUAUAUUAGCAGAAUAUUUUUAGAUCUAGAACCACAUUCUCAUAUUAUAGUGGAUGCACAAUUUCUAAGGUAUUUAUUAUUCUUUAGAACAAAAGUAUUGAUAACAUCAUUCCUCCUUAAAUUAGAAUAGACCUUUAAUAUGUAGUUUUUGAGUAAGAGAUUAUAUCUUAAGGUUCGAUAUGUGGUAGUCCAUCGUAGGAAUAUUUACGCACUAUUACUAUUACUCGAUAGCACAAUAGAAGAAAUGUUGAAAUGUAUGUUAGAUAACAAUCUGGAGGAUUAAUAUCAUUAAAAUUAAGUAUCAUUUAAUGUUAGCAUUAAUGUUAAGAAUGCAUUGAGAAUUAUCAUGUAGUUUGCUAAUAAUGGAAACUGCAUUAAUAUUCAUUUAAUAGGAAAUUACUCACAGACUCUGAUGGGUGGACUUUGUAAUAAUAUAUUUUUACAUUUUUAAAUUUUUGUGGGAAUUGCUAAUAUAUAGAAUUUGUAGAAAUAAUUACAUAUUAAACUUAACUCCCUCCUCAUUAAGAUAUAUUAAUAAGAUUAUUUUCAUCUAAUUGGUCACCUAUGAUGAUAGACUAUUUAUAUGGAACAUAAACUAUUUAAGAUGGUUAUAAUUAAUAAGUUGAUAAUUUAGAAAAUAGAGAUUCGUUCUAUAAUUAAAAGAAAUUUUAAUAAAAAACCAUUACGAUCCUAUAUUAACACUAAAUAUUAACUGUCUUGAUUACAGUGUUUGUUAUAUAAGAGAUUUUGAAGUAUUUUAUACAUAGCCAGAAAUAAUGUUUAAGAUUUUGAAAGAAGGAUGUUUAGAAUAAAUAGAUGAUAAAUGUCUACUUUGUCAAGAAGGUUGGAUUUAAGAUGAAUUUCUAGAAAAUUGUCAUCCAAUUUGUGGAGAUGGAAUAAUUCAAGGUUAAGAAUAAUGUGAUACUCUAGUAUCAAAUCAUUCUUGUUAUCAGUGCAAAUAUUCUUGUAUUGAAUAUUGUUAA